AUGAUUCCUCUGCUAUUCAAAACGCAGUGGAUCUUGUUCAUGCAUGGUCUGUCAGCAGGAGUCUUCCCAUCUGUCUCGAGAAGACCAAGGCAAUGUAUCUGGGCAAGAAUAAUCCUAAGAACAAUUACUCUAUUUUGCGAUCUCCUAUUGAGGAAGUUUCGGAGACUAGGGACCUCGGCUUCACCGUUAAUAGUACUCUCCAGUUUCGACUACCACUGCCUUGAAAUCGCCGCCAAAGUCCGAACAAAGGCAUCAUACGUAAUAAAAUGCUCAACCUGGAUUCCCUCUCAAAACGAAGAGGGCCAAUGCAGUUCGCAGCGGACAAGCUUUUUUUCUGUUUCAUCUACUAGAGGUCAGCUUAGUAAGAUUCGCCUCAGAAAGGCAAGUUCUUCGCUCCGUAGCCACUUCUUCACUCAACGAGCUGGUUCAGAAUACCUCAAGCUCAGCAAGAAUAUU